AUGGAGCGUCUUGGGGCUCACGACGUGGCGCAGCUCCUGAGGAACGAGAUAAAAACUCUGGGGUCUGGCGGCUACGGUACAGUGACCCUUGUUAACUGGCACGGAGAGCAGGCCGCACUUAAAGUGGCCAACUGUGCUGACCCCGCUAACAGCUUCAAGCGCGAAGCCCAAGUGCUGUCGGCGCUGAAGGGGGCUGGCGGCGCGCCCCUCCUACUGGGGGUGUCCCACGACUCCCCAGCUCUUCUCACGACAUAUAAAGGGGACACCAACCUGGACAACGUUAUAUGCGACCCACGAUACGACGUAGUGCAGAUUGGGUUCAAGAUUGGACUAAAAUUACUACAUAUCCACACAAAAGGCUAUAUCCACAAUGAUAUAAAACCGGAUAAUGUUAUGAUUUAA